CCAGUCAUAUUCAAAUACCAUAGUAGCUCCCUUAUCGUGAAAUAGAAGAAAGGGACAGAGCAAGUAGUAAUAUGGCAACAGAAUUCAAAGUGUUCUGGUUACCGGUUUUAUUGGUUUCUAUGAUCACUGUUUCAUCAGGACCCAAGUUGUCCGAGUCUGCUAGAAUUUUCACCAUUAUAAACAAUUGCAAAGAGACAAUCUGGCCUGCAGUAUUUCCUGGGGAGAACUUCAACGGUGGUGGCUUUCCACUAAAAUCAGGCCAGUCCAUUGUAUUCACAGCUCCGGUUAGCUGGUCAGGCCGGAUAUGGGGUCGUACCGGCUGCAACUUUGACAAAAAUGGCAAUGGAACAUGCCAGACUGGGGCAUGUGGCACCAGCCUCAAGUGUGGAGGCUCAGGAAACACCCCAGCAUCACUUGCUGAAUUUACACUUGCGCAGCCGGAUUUUUAUGAUGUUAGUCUUGUUGAUGGGUUUAACUUGCCAUUGACUAUCACACCUGUUAAUGGUUCGGGAAAUUGCAGUGCUUCUGGUUGUGAUGGGGACCUGAGGACUACUUGCCCGAAUGAGUUGUCUGUGAAAUCAAAUGGGAAGACUGUUGGCUGCCGCAGCGCCUGCGAUGUGUACAACACUGAUGAGUAUUGUUGCAGAGGGGUAUAUGGAAACGCUGCUGUAUGUAAACCCACAUAUUAUUCCAAGAAGUUCAAAGAAGCAUGCCCUACUGCAUAUAGUUACGCGUAUGAUGAUCCAUCCAGUAUUUUCACUUGCUCAGGCACUGAUUAUAUCGUCGCAUUCUGCUCAUCCAGGAAGCAACCGGUAUGUACAUAUCAUAACAACAAGCUUGUCUGCAGUGGAUCAAUUGGUUUAAAGUCAUCGAGAUCGUGGGCGAAGAUGCUUGUACUGCUACUGCUGAUUAACUUAUGGAUCAUUUUUUGACAAGAAUGUUCUUUUUUUCUUUUUUCUUUUUCUUCCCUGAGUUUAGAGGUGUGUUGCAUCCCCUUUUGAACUUAUACAGAGCCAGUUCAAAAGAAUGUAUCAGUCUCUUUUCCAGAGGAUUGUCCAUCUUGGUUGUACAUGUCAAGUUAUUCAGUUUUUUCUUUUCCUUCAGUUGAAGAUAAAUAAUGAAUGCAUCUGCUAUGAACAGAAUUUGCCUC